AUGGCUGUAUUAGUGUAUGUAGACGAUCUGGUAAUUGCAGGAAAUGAUAGUUCUACAUGCAAUGAAUUCAAACAAUAUCUAAAGCACUGCUUUCACAUGAAGGACCUUGGAUCUCUUAAAUAUUUUCUAGGCUUUGAACUAGCACGAGGAGCAGCUGGGUUAUUCAUUUGCCAACGCAAAUACACUUUAGAUAUUUUAAGUGAAUGCAAGAUGCUUGACUGCAAACCGUCUUCCUUUCCAAUGGAGCAAAACCAAAAGCUUGCUUUGGAUACCGGGCCGAUAUUCACAAAUCCCCCUCGUUAUAGAAGGCUAGUUGGGCAACUAAUCUAUCUAACCAUUACACGACCAGAGAUUACCUAUUCAGUUCACAUAUUAAGCCAUUUUAUGCAAGCUCCUCGUCAAGCUCAUUGGGAUGCAGCCAUGCGUGUACUAAGGUAUUUAAAAUCGUCUCUGGGACAAGCUAUCAUCCUACCUAAAGACAACGAUCUACAACUGGUAGGAUUCUGUGAUUCAGAUUGGGCGUCAUGCCCUUUAACUCGAAGAUCCACUACAGGUUACUUAAUGAAAUUAGGACCCGCUCCAAUAUCAUGGAAGACAAAGAAGCAAACUACUAUGUCAAAAUCAUCAAGUGAGGCAGAAUAUCGAGCCAUGAACCAAGCUGUUAGUGAAAUCAUCUGGUUACGCAGCUUAUUAUCAAGUUUACAAAUUCAGUAUGAUUGUCCUACAGUGCUACAUUGUGACAAUCAAGCUGCAAUUCACAUUGCUGCAAAUCCAGUCUUCCACGAAAGGACGAAACACAUCAAAACGAAUUAUCAUUUCAUUCGUACUCACUUGCAGAGAGGCAUAAUCUCCACCACCUAUGUUCACACCACAAAACAACAGGCUGACAUAUUCACAAAAGCGUUAGCGUCCAGACAGUUUCAAGAUCUUACGGUCAAGUUGGGUGUUCAUAACCCCCACACUCCAACUUGA